AUGGCACCUGGCAUGAAGUGGGAUUCGGAGGCCGACGCCAAGCUGUUCGGCCUCUUUCUCAACAUUUUCGAUAUCAAAGUCAGCGGCGACAUGAUGAAGAAGCUCAACGCCGCCAUGGGUUUCGACGCCAAAUCCCAGGCCAUCGCUCACCGCAUUGGCUCUGUCCGCAAGCGCGCCGCCGACCUCCUCUCUGACAGUGACGGCAACCCCAUCAAGCCCGCUCCCCUCACCCCGCGCGGCCCGAAGAGCGGCGGCAGCGGCACGCCCGGCACCCGUGGCAGCAACAGGAAGGGCGCCGCCUCCAAGCACGACUCUGAGGACAGCGAUGACAGUGGCGUCGGUUUGCUGAGCGCUCCCGGCAGCGCCAAACGCCCGAGGAGCGCGCGCAAGGCCGCUGGCGCCAAGCGUUCUUACAAGGAGCCCGACACUUCCGACGACGAGGGCGAGAAGAAGCUCAGUGACGAGGAGCGCGCGGUUGCCUCUAAGAAGACCAAGCUCGAGAAGGAAGAUGAGAUUAAGGAUAGUGACGGCGAGGAGGCUGGCGUGGAGGCCGGCACGGAGGAAGCCCAGAAGAGCUUCUUCGACGGCGAUGGUGGCUUGGGCGAGGAGGAGGUCUGA